AUGAGGGGGAUGAAGUUAUAUCACAAAGUAAGAUCCAGAGGAAACCAAGGUGUGGAGAAGAGUCUGCAGGCAGGUGGGCAGGAGAACGACCCUCUGUACUGGGUGCUGCAGGCAGGUGGGCAGGAGAACGACCCUCUGUACUGGGUGCUGCAGGCAGGUGGGCAGGAGAACGACCCUCUGUACUGGGUGCUGCAGGCAGGUGGGCAGGAGAACGACCCUCUGUACUGGGUGCUGCAGGCAGGUGGGCAGGAGAACGACCCUCUGUACUGGGUGCUGCAGGCAGGUGGGCAGGAGAACGACCCUCUGUACUGGGUGCUGCAGGCAGGUGGGCAGGAGAACGAUCCUCUGUACUGGGUGCUGCAGGCAGGUGGGCAGGAGAACGACCCUCUGUACUGGGUGCUGCAGGCAGGUGGGCAGGAGAACGACCCUCUGUACUGGGUGCUGCAGGCAGGUGGGCAGGAGAACGACCCUCUGUACUGGGUGCUGCAGGCAGGUGGGCAGGAGAACGACCCUCUGUACUGGGUGCUGCAGGCAGGUGGGCAGGAGAACGACCCUCUGUACUGGGCGGGCAGGCAGGUGGGCAGGAGCCCGACAAUUCCUCCACUGGGUCCGGCAGGCAGGUGGGCAGGAGAACGACCCUCUGUACUGGGCGGGCAGGCAGGUGGGCAGGAGCCCGACAAUUCCUCCACUGGGUCCUGCAGGCAGGUGGGCAGGAGAACGACCCUCUGUACUGGGCGGGCAGGCAGGUGGGCAGGAGCCCGACAAUUCCUCCACUGGGUGCUGCAGGCAGGUGGGCAGGAGAACGACCCUCUGUACUGGGCGGGCAGGCAGGUGGGCAGGAGCCCGACAAUUCCUCCACUGGGUCCUGCGGGCAGGUGGGCAGGAGAACGAUCCUCUCCUCCUGUACUGGGUGUUACAAGCAGGUGGCCAAGAGCCAGACUCUCUGUACUGGGUGCUGCAGGUGGGCAGGAGCCGACAAUUCCUCUCCUACUGGGUGCUGCAGACAGUUGGGCAGGGGCACGAUCCUCUACUGGGUGCUGCCGGCAGGAGGGCAGGGGCACGAUCCUCUACUGGGUGCUGCCGGCAGGAGGGCAGGUGCCCGUCAAUUCCUAUACUGAAUGCUACAGACAGGAUGCCGACAACCCUCCUGUACUAGGUGCUUCAGGCAGAUCCGUGUAUUCGGAGGAUUACGUUGGAUUCGGUGGGCUACAUCCAUGACCGGUCUAUUUGUUUUUUCUCAUAUAAAAUGUCUAAUGAAAUUCAGGUGGUUUUUA